GGAUUUUUAUUUGCUGCUCCUCUGUCGAUGAUAAAAGACGCGACAUGAACUGCUGAGUUUUGUGGAGCAAACAGAAGUGAAACUCUAAUGGCGAGAGCAGAAGAAGAAGACAACUGGAGUGAGGCGGUGGAAGAUCUUGUAACAGCAGGAGACACCGACGCAGCCAUAGCUCUUUUGGAAUCGGUAAUCUCCAAUCUCGAAAACAAAGACUCUCCUGAGUUGGCCUCUGCUCUCUGCGACUUGGCCAAGCUCUACUCCUCCAAGGGCUUCUCUCUCAAAGCUGACGACCUUCAGUCUCGCGCCUCCCUCAUCAAGCUUCGUCACUCUUCCUCUUCUGGUGUUGCUACAGAGGAGCAGAGCUCGAUGCCUGGAAAGCAUUCAAUAGAUGGACAUGUUGAAAACUCAACGAAAUCGCAGGGUUCUUCUUCUUGCAAUGGGUCUUCGGAUGAUGAUUGGGAAGCUAUUGCAGACUGCACACCUGAUGAAUUACUCUCCUCACAAUCUUUGCCCGGAGUAUCAAAACUUUCUUUGGAAGAUACCAAAGUUCAAACCCCUAAGCGGCGUGGAAGAGGAACAUUUGCAUACAAGAAACGUGAACUGUACAGUGAUCAAAUAUCUAGUAAGAUUGUAGUUGAUAAUGAUAGCUUGGAGGAAGAAAAUGAGGGCCAUAAUUUAGAGGGCAGUGAAGAAACAAGAAACUCAAAAUAUGGCACACGUCACAUUCUUGUUUUAGCUGACUUUCCACCAAGUACUAAGACAAUAGAGUUGGAGAAUCUUUUUGAGGACUUCAGAGAUCAUGGAGUUGUUAUUCGCUGGGUUAAUGAUACGGUUGCCCUUGCCAUUUUCAGAACACCAGCGAUUGCACUUGAGGCUCGUAGUCAUAUUCAAUGUUCUAUGACAGUUCGAGUGCUUGAUGAGGAUGAUACCCUUCUGAGUUCAAUUUCACCAAAAGGAGGAAACCAAGCUGCUGUUGGAUCCCUUCACCAGAGCAUUUUGUGCAAGUUUCAGGGGACUUCUGAUCAGAUUUUGUCUUAUUUUUAUGGCAAAAGCUAUUUAGGGAGGCAGGGGUGAUUUAGGCAAUCUCAGAAUGGAAGUUUGAUUUGUCAAGUCAAAAGCCUCGUGCUUUUGGCAAAGGAAAAAGGCCAAAGGCCUAUGGGGUUGCGGUUUGUUUGCUCUGAUUUGUAUGGUAUGGAUAAAAAGAAAUUAAAGGAUCUUUGAAGUCUAUAGUGGUGCAGAGUUGGAAGAACUUUGGGAUAGAGUUGGAUUCUGGGCUUCUCUAUGGGCAUCUGUUUCUGGGGAGUUUAAGGAUUACUCUUUCCUUUAAUUUGCUAGAUUGCAGAGCAAUUGUAGUCUAGGGUUCUCUGUCUAGGCUGGCUUGCUGGCUGUUGAGUUUGUCUGUUCCUCUAAGUAUGUUUGCUAGCUGAGGACUCCUUGUCCACCUAGCCUGUUUCUUUCCAAAAAAGAGAGAACAAUUUCCUGAUGCAUGUAUAUGUGAAUAAUGUGUUAUGCAUGUACCGGACCCCUUCUAAAGAGGACAUCCUCUUUUUAAUGACCAGAAUAUCUAUCUUCGAGGUCCUCAUCCAAGGAUCAUUCCUGCAAAAAGUCAGCUAAAUUGAACAUUAGUUAGCCUUUUGAUUACCAACAUCACCAUUUCAGUUUUAUACAACAUUGUUUUUGUCUGCAAACUCUGCGUACAUUAGACGACCAAACAGUGACUGAUUUCACUGAUUUGGAGGUAAGAUCUGUGAAGAUAUCCCAAAAUAUUGGAUAUACAAGUGUAGUCUAUUAGGUAACCAUAAGGCCUAUUUGUAUAGUAGGCAAUUCAUGCCCAAUUACCAAAUAAAGCCAACAAGAAAGUUAUAAGAAUAUUAGGAAAACAGACAUCCCAACUAAAUCAAGCAAGCUCGCAUGAAGUGAAAUAUUAAAUAUCUCUAUAUAAUAUCAGGAAAACCCAUAUAAUAUCAGGAAAACCCCUUGGUACUGCCAUUAGAGCUUCACUUAUACUCUUGAAUUUCAAGAUGAGGUCUGCAUAGGUUAGCGGUUAAGUAUGGACUAUGGAGGAGCAUGAAUAAUGGCGGCUUCAGAGCAUAUUUACAGUAGAAAACAAUGAUUAAAGAGAAAGAAAAGAAUAUUAGUUAAUUCAAGCUAGUAAGAAAUUCUCUAACAUCCUUUUUCUGAUACUGUUACUUUAACCAAGGAAAUAUUACUACUUCAAUCUGAGGUGGAGGAAGGAGAAAGGAGAAAGGAGAAAGAAUUAAUUGGGUAAUGAGAAAAGAGUUAACUUAUUAAUUAGAUAGAUAUCCUUGAGACUACUUGCAACUUAGGGUUCACCCAUGUUUAAAAUUGAAAGACCUUCAGUUGGCAGUAUAUUUAUAUUCUGUUGUGAAGAUCUCAAGGAUAAGGGAAAACUAUAUCUCUGUGUUUGAUGGCUAUCUAAAUUGAAGUAGGAUCCUCUGCUUUUGCUUUUCGUGUUGAUAUAAUUGUGUUUAAAAUGAUGUUCUUUUGGGGCUUAGAUUUUAUAAUAAUACAUGGUUGAUAUUGGAAUGAUAGUUGAAUGAAUACCUGAAAUGACCUGGUUUUGGAUACACAACCAAAUAAAAGAACAUCAGCAAUGUACCUGAGCUUGUACAUGUAAUAUUUAUUUGGUCUGAUUGUCCAUAUACUGUUGAU